AUGGCACGCGUCAAGGAAGACAACACCGACAGCACCAUUCUCGCGCUUCUCGGGAAGAAACAGGUGCUCAAACGACGAUUCGGCUUCUGGUCGCUCUUUGGGUUCGCCGUGUGCGAGUUGAUCACCUGGGAAACAGUCCUCGCACUAUUCAGCCAGGGAUUCGACAAUGGCGGGCCCGCCGGAUUGGUUUACGGAUUCAUCAUCGCAUGGUCCAGCACGCUGUCCGUCUAUACCGUCAUCUCGGAGCUCGCAUCCAUGGCCCCAAUUGCUGGAGGCCAGUACUAUUGGGUCUACAUGCUCGCACCACCGCGCUGGAAGGUGUUUAGCAGCUACAUCAUCGGAUGGCUGACCUCGCUGGCCUGGAUUGCGACGGUCGCGACAGAGACCAUUUUCGCGGGGACAAUGCUCCAGGGCAUCAUCAUUCUCGACUACAAGGACUACGACGCCCAGCGAUGGCACGGCACGCUGCUGGCGUGGCUGGUCAUCGCCGUUGCGAUCUUCAUCAACGUGGUCAUCCCCGGCGCGCUGCCGAAAUUCGAGAUCUUCAUCAUUGUGUUCCACAUCGCGGGCUUCGUCACCAUCCUCGGACUGCUGUGGGCCUACGCGCCACACAACUCGGCGCACUUCGUCUUCGCAACCGCGUUGAACGAAGGCGGUUGGCCAACCCAAGGUCUGUCGUACUGCGUCGGCUUUUUGGGCAACGUCGCGACCUUUGUCGGCGCAGACGCGUCCGUCCACAUGGCCGAGGAAGUCGAACACGCGGCGGUGAACAUUCCGCGCGCAAUCAUUGCGAGCAUGUGCAUUAACGGGCUCGUCGGCUUCGUCAUGAUGUUGACAGUGCUAUUCUGUCUCGGAGAUGUGGAAUCCGUCCUGGGAACGGCAACUGGAUAUCCGUUUAUCCAGAUCUUUUACAAUAGCGUGAACUCGAUCGCAGGCGCCACAGUAAUGGUCGCCGUCGUGCUGGCGCUGACAUGGGCCUGCGCGACGGGGAUCAUUACCACGGCGUCACGAAUGACCUGGUCCUUUGCGCGCGACAGAGGGACGCCCUUCAGCAAACCGGUCAGCUACGUGUCGCGGGUGCGCCGAAUCCCCGUCGUCGGCGUCUUCGUCGUGACCGGGCUCGCGGCCUUGCUGACGCUCAUCUACAUCGGCUCGUACACGGCCUUCAACGACGUCAUAUCCCUGACCAUUACGGGUUUCUACUGCUCGUACUUCCUUCCAGCAGCCUUUCUGCUAUACCACCGGCUCAAGGGACACAUCAGCCCGCACAAGCAAGACACGCCGGGCUUCCCGAUCGGAGACGACAAUGGCAUCAUUGAAGGCAGCGCUUCCGAGCAGCAGGUGGACGAGAAGAUUGCGUCGCCCGGCGACUCCAAGGUACUCGAAUCCGGCUUCACGACCGGCGGCGCGCUAAACGACGGCCCCAUCUAUGCACCGGGUCAGGACAUCACGUCGGCCCGGCGGCCCUCGCUGGUCGCCCAGCCCCAGCUCCAAUGGGGCCCCUUCCACCUGCCCGAGCCGCUGGGCACCAUCAACAACGCGUACGCGUGCGUGUACAUGAUCUUCGUCAUCUUCUGGAGCGUGUGGCCGCCCGUCACUCCCGUCGACGCCUCGACCAUGAACUACAGCGUCGUCGUCACCAGCGCCGUCGUCAUCUUCAGCAUCGUCUGGUACUGGGUGAAGGGCCGCAAGGAGUACCACGGCCCCACAAUUGAUGACGAGGUCGCCAGCGUCAUGCGGCUCGGGAGCGUGGUCGCCGUUUGA